AUGUACUGGCCGACCACGGCCGCCCGGAUCAUCGGUGUUCCACCUCCCCUCGAUGAGUGUGUCGCCCGCAUCCGCCCCUCGCGCCGCGGUAACCUCUUUGCGACGCUCGCAGACGACCGCCUCGGCGUGUGGGAGGUGCGGCCCACCGUCAUCCAGGCUGCCGUGGUACGGAGCAGGCAGAGCGUCGACAGAUGGGGCGUGAAUGCCGACGUGUUCUGGGCGCACGACGCGCGGAGACUCAUCGUGCUGACCACAACAUCACACCUCAUCGUGUACUCGCUUUUGCCGACCGGGGUGCCCGCGUAUGAGAGUGUUCCAACAACCUCCUUCCCUCCCGGCGGUGGGCCGGGAGAAGGUGGUGAGCUGGCGGGCUGGGAGCUGCGGUGCGACGGCGUAGCGUUCGCAAUGGGGCGUGCAACCGCCAUCCUCCCACAACAACAUUCCCUCGUCAUCACAUUGCAGCACCCACCUGCGUUCCUCACUGUGCCGUAUCCGAUCCCAGCGCACCUCCUCACACCACCUGGGUCACACUUCCCGCCUGCGCCACUUGAUGGCGACACGGAGGAACAGGUCGAGUGCGAGCUGUGGGACAUGGGCCGUGCCGAAUGGCUUCUCCAAGGCACACAAGUGCCCAUCCCCGUCUCCCUCGGAGCUACACGGACACCAGCCCUCCCUACAGUGUAUAGCCUGCUCACAGACGACGGGCGUGCGUACGUCAUGUACGCGACCAGCGCUGUUGAGCUGUUCAAGCGUGAACGGCGACAAGCGUCUGGUACGAGCUCUAGCGCAAGCUCCAGCAAGUUCUCUCCACUCCCGCAGCCCAAGUACUCGGGCCAGCUGCUCUAUCCGCUCCCAGCGCAAGGCGACGAGGACGUACAAAACGGUCUUCGGAGCCUGGGCUUACUCGAAGACGUCGCACCCGUCGAGGACAAGGCGAUCCACAUCUCGGUCAACGGCAAGCUAGGCUUCGCAGCGAUCGGUAUGGCGAGCGGGCUCGUCCACAUCCACGUUAUCCCUGCAUACCCCCAAGCACCCCGCUUCUCCCACACGCUCGAUCUGAAGCGCUCUGCGCGCUCGGUAAGUUUCAGCGUGGAUCCUGGUGCGGUGACGGCACUCGCGUGGACAUCGGACGGCUACGCACUAGCGGUGGGACACGCAAAUGGUUGGGCAGUCUGGAGCAUGGGCGGGCGAUUGGACGGGUACGGCGUGGCGGGCGAUGACGAUGAGCCAUCCGCCGACGCGUUCAUGAGCAGCGUUGCGGGGCUGUUCUGGGCGCCGGGAAACAACGACCUGUUCCUCCUCUCGCGCCUUGACCCACAGCGGUUGUACGCUAUGCCGUUCGUUAAGAGCGCUACAACAGGCCAACACUCACCCGACAAUACGCGCUACGCGUUCCUCCAGAUGGACGACCGAGUCAUGGUGUACCGCGGAGCCGAUCAGCCCGACAUGAGCGUCAUCAACCCCGAGAGCGACGUGUGGCAGCACAUCCACGUGCCGAGCGUGUACAUUGCGACUAACUGGCCACUGCGGUACGCGUCCAUCUCGUCUGACGGGCGCUUCAUCGCCGUCGCGGGCCGGCGCGGACUGACGCACUACUCGGCGGCGAGCGGGAGAUGGAAGCUUUUCGGGCAUGAACGCGAAGAGCGCGCGUUCACGGUCCGUGGUGGCCUCCUAUGGUUUCACCACGUGCUCAUCGCCGCCGUCGAGGUGGAGAAGAAGUACCAAAUCAGGCUGUACUCGCGCGACCUGGACCUCGGCGAGACUAACGUGCUCCACGCCCAGAGUUUACCGUCGCCUGUGCUCGUCAUGACGCUCCUCGAAAACAGCUUACUCGUGUACACGGCCGACAGCAUGCUGUACCACUUCUUAAUCUUGCCGACACGCGAGAGCAUCCGCAUCCAGCUAUGCGGGAGCAUGAGUUUCGCCGGCCUCGUGAGGGUGCCGAGCCGCGUGCGUGCACUCUCCUGGCUCAUCCCCGAGGCACAGAAGCGCCUCGGCGACCCGGCAGACGACCUGAUCGUCGCGACGAUCAUCUUUCUGGUCGACGGCCGGCUCGUCCUUCUCCGUCCUCGCAAGGCGGGUAACGACGAGGUACGGUACGACAUGCAGGUGCUGGCCGACCGCAUCGAGAGCUACUGGACGCACCUGCACGGUGUCGGGACUCUGGAGAACUCGCUCUGGGGCUAUGAUGGCCGCGACAUGCGCGUGUGGCUCGACGCGCUUACGAUCGAGGCCACACGCGUCAACCUCGAGGCAGACAGCUACGAGAGCGUACAAGCCAGCAUUGCGCUCCGUUUCGACUUUUACCCCCUCUCGAUCCUGAUGGACAAGGGCAUAAUCAUCGGUGUCGAAUACGAGACCUCGACGCGCACCCUCCCCUUCGCCCUCUUCAAGCUCCAGACCAACACGUACCUUUUCCUCCCCCAGUUCCUGCGGUACCAUCUCGACGCGAAGCGGUUGAGCGCGGCACUCGCCUUUGCAGCAAACUACCAGGAUUUGGUGUACUUUGGGCACUCGCUUGAAAAGCUCCUUCAUGCCGUGCUCGAGGACACGGUCGACGAGGUUGGCGUCGACAACUCAAGCGCAGUCAGCGUAGCCAGCAGCCGCAGCGGGCGCACCCUCGCGCUCGUCGCAUCCUUCCUUGACCACUUUCCCGAAUCACUCGACGUGGUGGUCGGCUGCGCCCGCAAGACGGAAUUUGAGCACUGGCCGAUCCUUUUCGACGUCGUCGGAAAACCGCGCGAUCUGUACGAGCGCUGCUUGCGUGCUGGCGCUCUGCGUACCGCUGCUUCGUACCUGCUUGUCAUGCACUACCUGGAGGAGGCCGGCGACACGCCCGAGACCGUCCGUCUCCUCCGCCUCGCGAUGGCCGCCAAGGAGGCACAGCUGUGCAAGGAGCUCCUGCGGUUCCUGCACUCGAUCGACGACUCUGGCGCGGCCCUCCGCGCCGCCAUCGACGAAGUCGGCAUUCUCAAGCGCACCAGGACCACGCAAGCCAGCCCCGAUCUGGUGCGAGUUGGCCCUAUAAACGGGUCCAUAGCCCCAGAGAUUGGGCUCGACCUCGACAUGCGGCGCAGUUCGGGAACGCGCACCCCAACUGCAUUUAGUCCUGGGCCGACCGUCUCACUAUCUUCUCCCGAAUAG